UUCAAGUCACCAAAUUCAAAGAAUAGUUUGCUCCCCCUUUUUUUUAAAAAGAGGCUGGAUCCGUUCCUGAACCGGGAAGGAGAAAAUGGGUACCGAGCUGAUAAAAGAAGUCAGUGCUUUGUUUGCAAUCAUUCGGAGAGAAACAGUCGAUGGCGAGAAGACUCCACUCACUCUAUUUGAAAGAAGAAAAACAAAUCAUCAUUAGAUCAUCACCAAAUAGUGGCGAUAAACAGUGCCCAGCCAAACCUGCUCGGAGAAGAUGAAGUUGACAAUUUGUUUCAUCAUAUCGGCGGUCCUUUACACGCCAACCCUCGGCCUCGGGGCACACGAGAUCCCCGACAAUGACCACGGAGGAAUCGGUGAGGUAGUCAUGCACCUUGCCAUCGGUAUGGAAAAUCCUCCAUUUUGUAACGUCUCGUCCGAUAGGGUCGGAAGCAAGAGGAGGAAGAUUGGAAAGCGACACGACAUUGUCCUCGGAAAAAGGGUACCGAAUCAUUCCAUGGUCUACUUCAGAGGAAAGACCUAUGAAUACGGGCCAAGUAAUUGGGUUCUACGCGAAGGAGGACUAGGUAGAGUCGACCCUCUCAAAUGCCCUGUGGUAUCUUCCAAGGCAGGGCGCAGCGACUGCACAGAGGGUCAGGCGACAAGACUGGCGGUGUGGUGGCAGGGAAGAAGAGGUUACCAUUUCUACACUCAUAACUGUCAUUAUUUCGCUGAUUGGCUAAUCAAUAAACUAACGCAUAAUCUUUGUUACGACUUAACACUUUGAAACGUUAAAAACAAAUCAAGUAAGUUUUUUUCAAAUAAGGAAAAAGGAUAUAUAUAUAUAUAAUCUUUUCUUUUUGAGGAAAAGAAAAGAAACUCAGAAAUAAUUAAGUUUGCUUUACUUAUGGUUUUCGCCCGUUAUCUUUACAGCUACAAUUAUGCUCCUGUGUACCAUAACCGUCGUUCUUGUAUAAAAUGAAACGAUGGAAGAAAAAAGAAACACCGACAACAACAAUAACAAAAGAAAAAAGCCAAUUUGUUUGAGAAGGAAUUUAAAUAGAGAUCUAUUACUUGAGAGGAAAUACUCCGUGAAAGUUAUCAUGUGACAUUAGGUACAUUAUAUGUUUAUUAUAUACGUCAGGCAUACAUAACCAUUCGUUAUUCAUUUAAUCAGGAGACUAGGACCAAAUCUUUGUACAUGUACAUGCCUAUAUUCAAGCUUUUCAUUUACAGAUAUAAAUUUACGCUUUUUGUAAAGAUGAGCCUUACCACUUAUCGUAUCAUCUUACGAGAAUAGAUAUAUCUGCCAACAGGCUAUGCUAUAAUACGUUGAUAUGCAUUUGUUUGCGUUGAUCAUUAAUUGGACUUGAAAAUAAAUGAUGCUUGAUACGUGAUAAAAUUGUACUUGUAUAAUGUAACAAAUUUCUUUGCAAAGUAAGUGAAAUACUAAAUAAAUAUAAUAAUGAUGUUGUAAAUAGGCACCAAUAGUUUCAUAAUAAAUUACGUAAGUCUAACCUAAUCAACAUUCCAUUUUGAAUAAGGUACAAAAUUGUCCAUAUGUAUCAUUUUCUGUUUUAUAUUACUGUUUCCCCUUUUUAAAAUUGUCAAUGGUAUCAAAUAUUUUAAAUGUCACGUUUAUAUGCAUCCGUAUGCUUUGAUCUUUAAUUUGACUUGAAAAGAAAUUAUGCUUGAUACGUGAUAAAAAUGUACUCGUAUAAAGUAAAAAAUUUCAUUGUAAAGUUAGUGAGAAAUAAAUAUCAUAAUGAUGUAGUACAUAGGCACCAAUAGCUUCAUAAUAACUUACGUAAGUUUAAUCGAACCAACAUUUCAUUUUGAAUAAGGUAACAAACUAUCCAUAUGUAUCAUGUUUUGUUUUAUAUCAUUGUUUCCCAUUUUUUUUUAGAAUUUUCAAUGGUAUCAAAUGUUUUACAUGUCAAGUUCAUGCGUAAACUUAACUUAAUGAUUCACAUUCAGCUAUGAUUAUUUGUCUUUAAGUGUAAAAUGUAAAAUUUGACCUUACUCAUGUUACUGUAAUAGUCUUAUAUUUUAUAACAUGUUUCUUAGUAAAAGAAAUUAUACGUCAUUGAAAUAUGAAAUUUAAUGUAAUAUCAAAAUAUAGCAUGACUUACAAAAUACUGUUGAUCAUUUAUCACUGCACCUGUCUGUUACAUGCGCUCACAAACACGAAAUAGGGAGAAAGAGAGAGAGAGAGAAAAGGAGAGAGAGAGAGAAAAGGAGAGAGAGAGAGAGAGGCUUAGAGAGAGGGAAAUGAAGUUUGUGUGGGGUGUGUGCGAAAGAUGAAGAGAAAUUGAACAAAAGGAAUGCGUGCGGGUGAGGAUAUGCAUGCAAGAGAGAGAGAGAGAGAGAGAGAGAAAGAAAGAGAAAGAGAAAAGUAAGGGGGAAGG